AUGGAACGACCAGAGCUUGUGGAGUCUCCGCGGAAGCGGCAAAAGACUGAGGAUGCUCCUGCAGCUGAUGUCACGGUCGAUGUGCUUUCAGGAAGUGACAGCGCCGCGACACCAAAUGCGCAGACCACCAAGGAACAUGAUGUUGGCAUUACGGAGCUCGUGACCGCCGAUAGCGAGGGAUUCUCGGGAAUUUUGAAGAAGAGAUAUACCGAUUUCUUGGUCAAUGAGAUCACACCCUCCGGCGAAGUUGUUCACCUCCAAAACACCCGUGCACCCUUCUCUUCGAGCAAUGAGGAAGCCCCUGCGAAUGAUACGCAGCAGCCUGCGCCUCAGACAACGGAGACACCAGCUCAAAAGGAGGAAGUUUCGGAGACCUCAGAAGCUGCGACACCCGCGGAGUUCAAGGUGUCGGAAGAGGACAAUGCUCUGCUUGCAGAGUACUUUGGCGUUGAAAAGGCGGCCGCAAUUGUCAAUCUACACCAGACAGCGAUGGACUCACCACGGGCUCGUCCUAGUGAACUGGGCAAGGUCAUCGUUGCGGUCGCCGACCGGGAUCUCCGCACCAAGAUCCACCAAGCCAUUCGCCGCAUUUUUAACUCGCAGUUAGAGUCGAGCACCGAUAGUGAGGGAAACCUCGCUAUCACGGCAGCCGGCAACCGCUUCAAGCGCAAAGCUCAAGGUCACCGUGGUGGCGGUGGUCGUGGCGGUGGCCGCAUGAACUGGGACGAGCUGGGUGGCCCGUAUCUCCAUUUCACCAUCUACAAGGAGAACAAGGACACGAUGGAGGUCAUCUCAUACCUGGCACGCACCCUGAAGAUGAAUCCGAAGACGUUCCAGUUCGCCGGUACCAAGGACAGGCGCGGUGUGACCGCGCAGCGCGCCUGUGUCCUUCGUGUUCAAGCAGAGCGACUUGCAAACAUGAACAAGACUCUGCGAAAUGCUUGCCUGGGCGACUUUGAGUACCGUAAGCAUGGGCUUGAGCUUGGCGACCUCGGCGGUAACGAGUUUGUGAUCACGCUCCGCGACUGUGAAUUCCCCGGUGUGGACAUGAAAGAUGCUCAAGCUGCUGUGAGCAAGGCUUCCGAGAUUGUUGGCACCUCUUUGAAGAAUCUUCACGAUCGUGGUUACUUCAACUAUUACGGUCUUCAGCGAUUCGGUACCUUCUUGACCCGGACUGAUACCAUCGGCGUCAAGAUGCUGCAAGAUGACUUCAAGGGAGCUGCCGAGGCCAUCCUUCAUUACAGUCCACAUGUCCUCGCUGCCGCGCAGGAGGGCGAGUCAUCAACAGCCCUAAUUAGCACUGACGACAAGGCUCGUGCCGAAGCAAUCUAUAUCUUCCAGAGCACCAACAACGUCAACGACGCUCUCGCCAAACUUCCGCGGAAGUUCUCUGCCGAGGCCAACAUCAUCCGUCAUCUGGGUCGGGUCAAGAACGACUACCUGGGUGCCAUCAUGUCCAUUCCCCGCAAUUUGCGAUUGAUCUACGUGCACGCUUACCAGUCCCUUGUAUGGAACUUUGCCGCUAGCGAGCGCUGGCGACUCUACGGCGACAAGGUUGCCGAGGGUGAUCUGGUCAUUGUUAGCGAGCAUCGGGAUAAGGAAGCGACCGAUGAUACCGCAGCUAAUAGCGGCGUCGAUGCAGACGGCGAGGUUGUCGUUCUGCCCGAGGGUGAGAACAGCUCAUACGCCGCGGAAGACGCAUUCACUCGGGCUCGGGCUUUGACCGCCGAGGAGGCCGCUAGUGGCAAGUACUCCAUCUUUGACGUGGUUCUACCCCAACCUGGCUUCGAUGUCCUGUACCCAGCCAAUCAGAUGACCGAGUUCUAUAAAAAGUUCAUGGGCAGCGAGCAAGGUGGUGGCCUUGAUCCUUUCAACAUGCGCCGCAAGAACAAGGAUACCAGUCUGAGCGGUGGUUACCGUAAAGUCUUUAGCCGGAUGGGGCUUCACUUCUCGCAUGAAGUCAAGCUGUACUCCGAGGACAAUGAGCAGUUUGUUCAAACGGACAUGGAGAAGCUCAAGGGCAGUACCGAGGGUGGCAGUGCAGUGACGACCCAAACUGGCGACAAGUUGGCUGUUGUGUUGAAGUUCCAAUUGGGCUCUAGCCAGUACGCGACCAUGGCUCUUCGCGAGCUGACCAAGGGCUUGGUCCGUGAAUACAAGCCUGAUCUUGGUGGUGGUCGAUAA